CUGUAACUUGCUUUCUUUAAAGUUGUGUUUCAUUCAUUUUUUUUUCUCUCUUUUUUUUGCUCUUUAAUCCAUAAAUCACUUUGAACCGGAUAUUUUAAAAGUCAGAUUCCGGUGACCGCCGAUUUGAUCCUCUGUUUUUGACUUUUUUACCCCCUCGCUCUGUCUUUACUCCUUCCUCUUAAAUAUUUGCUUUUUAUUGUUUUACCUGUUUACCUUUAGAGCCUUUGCCGUUUUUACCGCUAAUUCUUUUCCUAAAAAAAGAGAGUGAAAGAUAAGGGUCCCUAUUUAUCUCUCGGCGGAUUUUUUUUUUAAUAUUCGUGCAUUAUUUGUAGUAGAUAUUUGGUGCUGACGUGGCAUGCACCAGAAAGGGUGAAACAAUGAAUACCAAAACGAUGCGUCUCCCGCCCCGCCGGGUUUCCAUGCCCAACAACAAGCGAAAAGAGAGAAACGAUUUGGACGUCAAACACUUGGCCCCUCCGCCCACAAAGUCACCCAAGCCGGCUGUCCCAUUGUCGGCUUCCACCAAAGCCGCCCACCAGGUUCUCUCCAAUCAGCUUCUUGCUGGAUACCUGGCCCACGAGUUCCUCACUCGUGGGACUCUGUUCGGUCAAACGUGGGACCCAGCUCGGAUCAGAGAAGUCGAGCCAAAAGAGAGAUCCAGAGCAGGCGACGCCGAGCCGAAGCCGAAGGAGGAGAAGCAUCAAAGGUAUGUAGAAGUGGCGAGUUUGCUGAAGACAGAUGGGGCCCACAUACCGGGCAUCGUCAACCCGAGCCAACUCGGUCAUUUUUUACAGGUGUGAGGUUGUUUUCUCACACGUGGAGACAUCGCAUUGGGCAUCGUUGUUAUCCACUCAAAAACAACAAAAGGGAAAAAUGAAAAACGAAAAAGUUAGAGAAAAAACACGCUUUUUUUUAGAGCAAAUUUUAUUUCCUUCUCUAUCUUUUUGGAUAAGUUCUCUGAGUACUUAGACUUAGCUCAAAAUAGUUUUUUUUUUUUUUUUUUACUUUUUAUUAUUUCUGUUUGUUGAAUGUAUGCAUUCGAGAUGCAUGCAUUCAUGCAUGUACAUUUGUUGUUAGGGUAUGAUCUGAAUGAAUAAUACAAAUGAAAA